AUGACUGCACACAUCUGGCAAGUGUUGGCCAUCUAUGUGAUCUUAGCUGCAAGCCUCUCCAAGCAACAAGCACUGAAGCAGGCUUGUCCUUCAUGCGAUGCCAGUCAGCUUUGCAACUGCUCCUUCAUGGAUUUGGACUUCAUUCCCCCUGGGCUCACGGCCAAAAUCACAGUGUUAAACCUGACCCACAACAGGAUAAAGCGCAUCCAAUCUCAGGACCUGCAGCAGGCUGUGAACCUGAGAGCCCUGCUGCUGCAGUCCAACGAAAUCAGCUCCAUAGAUGAGGACUCGUUUUGGUCCCUGGAAAAACUGGAGCUCUUGGACUUAUCGAAUAACAGCUUGGCUCACUUGUCCCCUGUGUGGUUUGGGCAGCUUUUUUCACUCCAGCACCUUCAUCUUCAAGGCAAUUCCUACAGAGACCUGGGGCAGAGCUCUCCCUUUUCUAGCCUGAAGAACCUGAGCUCUCUCCACCUGGGCAACCCACAGUUCUCUGUGAUAAGGCAAGGGAACUUUGAGGGUAUUGAGCUUCUGCACAAGUUGUGGAUUGAUGGUAGCAAUCUCAGUCAGUAUGAGCAGGGAAGUUUGAAAUCAAUUAAGCAGAUAAAUCACAUGAUCCUAAACCUAAGAAAUAGUAAUAUAUUCUCAGAAAUUGUUAGGGACCUUCUGCACUCUGUCACUUGGCUGGAAGUGAGAAGAAUAGCGUUCAGUAUUGCUGCAGAAAUGCAAGUAUUGAGAGUCAUGUCUUCAUCUUUUGCAAAGAAAAUUUCUUUUAGACAUACAUUACUAACAGAUGCUACUGUGCCUGAGAUUGUCAGCAUUUUAGAAGACAUGCCAAAAUUAGAGGAGUUGGAGCUGGUAGACUGUAGACUCUUGGGAACUGGUCAAUGGAAAAUGGAAAUUCAAGCAAAGAAAUCACAGACACUUAGAAUUUUAACAAUAAAGAAACUAUCUAUAGAAGAAUUUUACUUGUUUACAGAUAUUCAGCCUGUGGAAGGUCUACUGUCUCUUUUUACAAGAGUCACAGUUCAAAACACCAAGGUUUUUUUGGUACCAUGCAGAAUUUCCCAACAUCUUCGGUCAUUAGUAUAUCUUGACCUUAGUGCAAAUUUGCUUGGAGACUUGAGUUUAGAACAUUCAGCCUGUCAGGGUGGCUGGCCAUCACUACAAACUCUAAAUUUAAGUCAGAAUUCACUGAGUGACUUAGAAAGGACAAGUAAAAGUUUAUCUCAUCUAGGAAACCUAAUUGUUUUAGACAUUAGCCAAAAUAAUUUUGGUGAGAUUCCAGAUGCAUGCGACUGGCCAAAAUUCCUGAAAUAUUUAAACCUGUCCAGCACUCAAAUUCCUAAAGUAACAACCUGCAUUCCUCGAACGCUAGAAGUUUUGGAUGUUAGUGGAAACAACCUGAAGGAGUUUGGACUGCAGCUCCCACUUCUGAAAGAGCUGUACCUCACAAGAAACCAGCUGAAGACCCUGCCGGGUGCCUCACCCAUUCCAAACUUAGUGUCCUUGUCCGUCAGAAGAAACAAGCUGAACAGUUUCUCCAAGGAGGAGUUUGAGUCCUUCAGGAGAAUGAAGCUGCUGGAUGCCAGUGACAACAACUUCAUCUGCUCUUGUGAGUUCCUCUCCUUCAUCCACCAUGAAGCUGGGAUAUCCCAAGUGCUGGCGGGGUGGCCGGACAAGUACGUGUGUGACUCUCCACUGGCGGUGAGAGGGGCGCAGGUUGGCGCUGUGCACCUCUCCCUGAUGGAGUGCCACAGGUCCCUGGUGGUGUCGUUGAUCUGCGUCCUGGUGUUCCUGGUCAUCCUGCUGCUGGUGGCCGUCGGCUACAAGUACCACAUGGUCUGGUACCUGCGGAUGACAUGGGCAUGGCUGCAGGCCAAGCGGAAGCCCAAGCGCGCCCCGCCAAAGGACGUCUGCUACGACGCUUUUGUCUCCUACAGCGAGAACGACUCCGACUGGGUGGAGAACACCAUGGUGCGGGAGCUGGAGCAGGCCUGCCCUCCCUUCCGGCUCUGCCUGCACAAGCGGGACUUUGUGCCGGGGAAGUGGAUUGUGGACAACAUCAUUGAUUCCAUUGAGAAGAGCCGCAAAACGCUCUUUGUGCUGUCCGAGCACUUUGUGCAGAGCGAGUGGUGCAAAUACGAGCUGGACUUCUCGCAUUUCCGCCUCUUUGAUGAGAACAACGAUGCGGCGAUUCUCGUCCUCCUGGAGCCCAUCCAGAGCAAAGCGAUUCCCAAGAGGUUCUGCAAGCUGCGGAAGAUCAUGAACACAAAGACCUACCUGGAGUGGCCUCUUGAAGAAGAGCAGCAGCAGGUGUUUUGGUUUAAUUUGAAAAUAGCUCUAAGAUCCUAG